AGUCAAGCAGCCAUGAGAGGUCAGCGUGUGGUGGGGAGUGAGUGCAGGUGCUGGAGCGCGGCCGUCUGGCUACUGGUCCUCUUUUUGGGAUCUGUUGCGUUGGUGACCGUCAGUGUGCUGCUGAGACUUGGUGACAUUAAAAUAAGCAAGCGAUCGACUACCCCCAACGAAGAACAGUUCCAACAAAGUGCUCAGUACCCAGUGCGACUAGUAAAUGGACGCAAUAGAUGUGAAGGUCGUGUGGAGGUCUUGUUCGAAGGAGAAUGGGGGACGGUGUGUGACGAUGACUGGGACAUGCUGGAUGCCAACGUGGUGUGUCGACAGCUGCAGUGUGGUAUCGGCGGUAAAAUGAGCAGCAGCUCCCGGUUCGGCCAGGGCUCCGGGGCCAUCCUGCUGGACAACGUGGACUGCAUAGGAACUGAGGAAGAAUUAAGUCAAUGCAGGAAUCAAGGCUGGAAGACCCACAACUGCUACCACUAUGAGGACGUGGCUCUCAUCUGCAAAGAACCAUCUGCACUAGGAGGGAAGACUGCGGUGACCCUCACCACACCACCUCCAUGGAUUUCAGGUUUACCUGAUGGCUCCCUGCGCCUGGUGAAUGGGAGGCACUCCUGCGAAGGCAGAGUGGAGGUCUUCUACCAGGGCGUCUGGGGGACCGUGUGUGAUGAUGCCUGGGACCUGCGUGAUGCUGCAGUCGUCUGCCAGCAGUUGGGCUGUGGCCGCGCUAUCCGCGCUCACAGCAACUCUUACUUCGGAUUUGGCACCGGCAAAAUCUUUAUGGACAACGUCAACUGUUUUGGCCACGAGCCGCAGCUCAUCAGAUGCCAUAAUCUUGGAUGGAAGCGCCACAACUGUGGUCAUCACGAGGACGCAGGAGUCACGUGCGCUGGCCCUGAAGUGACAUCCGUGACCCCGGCAAGCACGUCUAUGAAAUCGCAAAGGUCGUUGUGGACAACACAGAACAGUGCAGUCACUGCUGGGGUCACAGCCACUGAGAGUACAACUGCUCCAACUACUAGAACCCAGACUACAGCAAAACCGACCAUUCGACUGGUGAACGGAAACAACAGCUGCGAGGGCCGUGUGGAAGUGUCGUACAGACAUGUUUGGGGGACAGUGUGUGAUGAUGACUGGGACAGUGACAACGCCAUGGUGGUUUGUCGGGAGCUUGGCUGUGGUCGCGCUGUCGCAGCCAAGAGUCAGGCCUACUUCGGCUACGGAGGCGGGCCGAUACUGAUGGACAAUGUGGCAUGUAGUGGGAGCGAGUGGAGGCUGUCUGAGUGUUCUAACCUGGGCUGGGGUGAGCACAACUGUGGCCACCAUGAGGAUGCUGGAGUGAUCUGUGAACUAUUCACACCGAUUUUCCCAGUUGGACGAGAUUUUGCGGUGACACCACCAGCCCCCACAACAACUUUGACCACACUACCUGCAGAAGGAAAGAUUAGACUGGUGGGAGGCCAGCACCGGUGCGAAGGGCGGCUGGAGAUGUACUUAAAUUCAGGAUGGGGAACCAUCUGUGACGAUGCAUGGGACAUCAGCGACGCCAAGGUGGUGUGUCGCCAGGCAGGCUGCGGUGUGGCCAUGGCAGCACGGGGAGAGGCUUUCUUUGGACCCGGCACGGGAACCAUCCUGCUGGACAAUCUCAAGUGUGAUGGCUCAGAGGUGUCACUGCUCGAUUGUUCUCAUAUACCCUGGAACGUGCACAACUGUGACCAUGCAGAAGAUGCUGGUGUCACCUGCUCACUUUUGUGAUUUCAACAGACAGAAGUGGACACAACAACC